AUGGCGAACUUGCAUUUUCUUUCAUUCCUUGUCAUUCUCUUCGGUGUCUUGAUCGCCGUUGAUGCUCUUGAUGCUGAUAGAAAGGCAAGUGCUCUCAGUCCGGGCCGGGAAGUGAAGGGUGUGAGCCUUUUUGGCUCGACAGAGGGGAAUGUUAGGGGAGCUGUGCCGUCGGCAAGGAUCGCUGUAUACAUUGUAUGCUGGCCCAAUGGCUGCUUUUCACAUAGCGUCUUGGCUGCAUUUAACGACGCUAUUGCCGACGGUGUCGACAUUGUCUCUAUUUCAUUGGGCCCAGCUGCUUCAGCAUACUAUGAUCAUGAUUCCAUUGCCAUUGGAGCUUUUCACGCCAUGCAAAAGGGUAUCCUCACUUCACAAUCUUCUGGAAACAAUGGCCCGGUUCCUGCAUUUCUAUUGAGCGUGGCUCCAUGGGUCUUAACCGUCGCGCAAGCAGCACCAAUUGAUGGAUCAUCAAUAAGCUUAGACUUGGAAAUGGCAAGACAUUUUUGGAGUUGCAUUGAUGGCUGUUUGGAUGAAAAAGCAUAAAGGGAAAGAUUGUUUUCUGCGAUGCACAAACGCAAGGCGAAGAACCAUUCACCGCUGGCGCAUUCAGAUGCAAGAUUCCAGUACCGAUUUCUCUCUCGUUUAUCCAUUACCUUCUACUCUUUUAAGCUUAGAUGAGGGCUAGCUGGUGAAGUCAUACAUAAACUCCACAAAGUAA